AUGCAUGCUCGUGGUGUCAUUAUCGCAAAGUUCGGUGCGAUGCCUCGAUUCUUGGAUCUCCAUGCACUCGAUGUCGACAGGACGGUCGUCCAGACUGUAUUCGUCACUUGCCCUCGGAUUCUUUUGCGAUGCCAUGUUGACGCGGUUUCGGCAGAUCCAGAAACUCGUGAACCUAAGGGAGGUCCGAGUGAAGAGAUAUCCAGUCCCCCUGCCGACCAGAACUGCUCAGCUCCCUCAAGGUCGUUGCCAUCGACGGAAUCCCAAUAUGAGAGCUGGCAUCGGCUCCACCACAAUGACCCUUCAGGAUAUUCGAGCGUGUCAUAUGAAGACUACGAGUUCAUUGAUUCCGACCAGUUGUUAGUACUGUCGUCCUCGGAAACAAUGAUUCUUGAUCGUCAGGGUUGUUUAAGCCUACCGGAUCCAAAGGCAACAGAUGAAUUCGUGAAGCAUUACUUCAAAAGAAUCCAUCCACUCGUUCCUGUGCUUGACGAAGCCGAGUUUUGGCGCUCCUAUCUUGAUCCCAGUACCGGUCGGAAAUUGUCACUUUUUGUGUUUCAGGCAAUGCUUUUUGCAAGCUGUCCGUUGGUUGGUUCGGGAAUUUUGCGUCGGUGUGGAUUCAAUAAUAGGAGAGAUGCCCGUGAGGAACUCUACAACCGAGCCAAGUUACUAUUUGAGCUAGGAACCGAAAAGACUUGUCAUGCAACCGCACAAGGGGCUGUUCUGCUCUCACAUUACACUUCGGCAGAACACCCUUGGGCCGGGAGUCUAUGGUUAACGAGAGCCAUCGAAAACACCCUCCGGAUUGAUGCUCGACCAUCACAGCCGGAAAUUGUGGGCGAAUCUUUAAAAAAGCGCCUCUGGUGGUCAAUUCUGCUUCGCGACCGAAGUAUUUGUAUUGGCCUUCACCGUCGUCCACAGAUCACGUCGAGCAUCCUUCUUGGGACGGGUUUGCCAGACCAAAAGGACUUUGAAGAUGAGAUGCAAAAUUCUCUGGUCUAUAAUUAUGAGACCAAGCAGAGCCUACUCAUAGCGUUCCGGCGACAAUGUAACUUAGCAGCGCUUCUGACCAACCUGUUUUGUCUCAUAUUUGACACGUCACAGACCAGAAAGUCUUUGCUUUCCUCUAUUGAGUUUCAAAGAUUGAUGUUAGAUAUCAAAGCCAUCAAAGAGUCGCUCAGCACUUGGAAAAAAUCCAUGCCAUUCGCCAUCCCCGGGGGCCUAACACCUGAAGGCGACGACCCAACCGCGACAUUAAUAAAUUUGACCGUCAUGUACUAUCACGCUGCCCGAGUUGAUUUGGCUCAAUACGAGGCCCUGGUAAUAGAAGAGAAUCUAUUCUACGCGAAAGAGAACUAUACAGACUGGGUUCAAGAAAUCAGCAACGAUCUGAGUGUGGCCAUUGCAGGUCUGACGACCGUAGUGGAAUACUUUGGUAUGAACAACGAUGCUUAUAGUCUUCCGUUGAGCGUCCUUGUGUAUGUGAGCAUGCCACUUGUCCUAGCUGCUAUAGACUUGAAAUUGUCCCCUUCUCGCGGAGAAAUGGAACUGAGGCAAAAGCGCCUAGAAUCCAUUAGCCUGAUUAUUCGUCGAUCGGAAAUGCUUUACAACGUCACCGACUUUGUCGCGGUCGGAACGAACCAUAUCCUUCAGCUGGCCUAUACCACGACACACCAUCUCUUCUCAGGCGAAACACGCUCGCAGACGCCAAAGAACAUGGCUGCAAUAACAACACUCUCACCUCAACACCAUCCUAAUAUCACAUCACAACCAAGGGAACCUGAACAGCCACAGAGCUGGCAGGAUACCUUUGUCCGCUGCCCAAGAGCAUACCUUUUAAUAUCAACAUCGGUCGACUAUAGCCUUUCUUUCGGAAAAUUGCCAUCUGCUCAUAACCUUCCUGGAGUAGUUCGUGAUUUGCCUGCCAUGGGGGGUAUUACUAGACUUCCUUGGACCCUUGAAGUUUGUCCAUCCAUAGAUGUGACAAACUCUAUGCGUCAGAUAAAAUCACUUGAACACUUAUCGUUGGGGUCUGUUUCAGCUGAAAUGCCGCGUGUCCUGGAUUCUUUUCCAUUGGCAGGCGAGGGAGAAUCACUACAGGAACAGAACAAUCAUGGCAUUUGGUUCACAACACUUAAUCGGCCUCGUCAUGCAGAUAUUUCUCAAAAAGCUUACCUGAAGCAACCAGCUCAAAGUGACCAUCUUGGAACGAAUUUGGACUACAUGGAGUUGGAAGAUCUUUCAAGAUAUCCAGGAGCUAUGAACAAAAGCGAAUUCUCUGAUAUAGAACUAUCAAGUGCCGACCUUCAGCACACAGGUGUUGUGGGUUGGUCAAAGGAAGUGCAGGCUGACAACUACGAAGUCAACCCACAUCCGCCAGUGGGUGCCAUUGGAUUAUCAGUCUUUGACGCAUUUUUCUAUGAAGCUUUUGAAGGGACAUGGGCGUGGUGA